AUGUUACUGGCAACAGUAGCAUCCGUGCUGGUGAUUUUCGCGUUAGGCUCACGUGGCAGCCCGACCCCGCUCGGAGAUAGUCAGACCUGCCUCACCUGCCACAACCUGCCCCUCGGGGAGAGAUGUAACCAUACCCAAACAUGUGGGCCCAGACAGGGGUCAUGCAUUACACAGAUCUCAUACACAGAGGACGAUGUCUGGGUGACCCGCGCAUGCGCAAGGCUUACACUUUGUGCCAACUCAGAAGAGAACAACGCGGACGAGUGUUACUGGGACCUCCCGGCCUCCUACGGGUUUGAGGGCAAGUGCUCCUUCUGUUGCAGUGGAAAUGACUGCAACAACCGCCUGCCGCCCAACUUCCUCGCCGCCUAUGACGAAGCCAGCGAACAAGAUGACGAUUGUAACAUUUGCAACAAUCCACCAAGGCCCGGCGGAACUACACAACCUAAGCCGGGAAGGCCGGGCGGAACUACAAAGCCUAAACCGGGACGGCCCGGCGGAACAACAAAGCCUAAACCGGGACGGCCUGGCGGAACAACAAAACCUACUCCGGGACGGCCAGGCGGAACUACUAAGCCUAAACCGGGAAGGCCAGGCGGAACUACAAAGCCUACACCGGGACGGCCAGGCGGAACUACAAAGCCUAAGCCGGGAAGGCCAGGCGGAACUACAAAACCUACACCGGGACGGCCAGGCGGAACUACAAAGCCUAAGCCGGGACGGCCAGGCGGAACUACAAAGCCUACACCGGGACGGCCAGGCGGAACUACGAAGCCAAAGCCAAGUAGGCCUGGCGGAACGACAAAACCUAGGCCAGGUGGUACUACUAAACCUAGACCAGGUGGAAGUACAAAACCAACAACCAGACAACCAAGACCUCCAGUGACUACUCCAGCCAAGGUUCCCGCCACGCGACCCCCAAACCCACCAGCAACUAACCCGCCUGCAACCAACCCGCCAAACCCGCCUGCAACCAACCCGCCAAACCCGCCCGCAACCAACCCGCCGAACCCACCUGCAUCAAACCCACCAAAUAAACCGACCAACCCGCCUUCAACGAGCAAGCCAGGCGGCGGAAAUGGAGGCGAUAGCUCCAGCGAGGAACUUGGCGGGAACGGAGGGACUGGCGGGAACAAUGGCGGAUCCUGCCAUGUUCACGGUGGAAGCCCUUGCUGCAUGAAUCAUGUCGGUAUGUCCUAUGAUAUCGACGUUAAAAUCCACAUCGGGAGAAACCAGCAGAAGUCGGGUGGCGGCGACAGUUCUAGCGAGUCGAAGGAAAGGGUGACUGGAGCUCAAGCGAAAACGACAAGCAAACCAAUAGCAGCAGCUACCACAUUAGCGCCGACGGCCGGGAUGAAGACAAAUCCGCCCACCACCCAGGCGCCCAUAACCGCCAAAAAGUCGACCACCAAACAACAGCCAACCGCUACCACCGCCAGUACAGCCGCACCCACUACGCCUAGUACCACGCAGACCACAGCCACAACAGCAACAGCCACAACAACAGCAAGCACUAGCACUGCUACAACUACAACAACAACAACCGUCCCUAAAACUACCACCACGGUCAUGAAGACAACAGCCCCAUCGUUCCAGUGUUACACGUGUAUAGACAGCACGUGUCAGAACCAGACGGCUGUCACGUGUGAUCAGGACGCGCAGUUUUGCCUUACCACCGUGCAACAGAAGUCAGACGGUUCUCGGAUAUUUACCAAGGGGUGUGUGAAGGAACCGAUGUGCAACAAUCAGUGGUGGCUAAAGACGGCUGGGCGGACCGAGUGUCUGUCGGGGAUGAACGACGUCGCUUCCGGUCCCGCUAACACGCCGAUGACGUGCAGCUUCUGCUGUGUCCACCCACUGUGUAACGAGCACACCAAGCCACGUGACCCGGGAUCCUACUAUAUCGGCCAUCAGUUGCCACCAAUGUCCACCGUGCCGACCCAGAAAGCAGCAACCACCACCAUCGCUCCGAAGCCUACGUCCACACAGGCUCCAGUGACAGCAAAGCCCGCCACACAGUCCCCUACACUUCCACCAGUCACCGCAUCCUCUACGCCCAGACCUACCACAAGCUCAAUGAAACCAUCUACCACACGGGCUAUUACUACAAAGCCGACAACAAUGCCAACAACGACAAAAGUGCCGACGAUAACAACAACGACAACCCCAAAACCGACGACAACAACAACGACAACCCCAAAACCGACGACAACAACGACAACCCCAAAACCGACGACUACAACAACGACAACAGCGAAACCGACAACUACAACAACGACAACAGCGAAACCAACGACUACAACAACGACAACAGCGAAACCGACGACAACAACGACAAAAGCUUCGACAACAACAACGAAGCCGACGACGACUACAACUACAAAAGCGCCAACAACAACUGUGACGAAGACAACCACAACUUCAACACAGGGCACCACAGUACCACCAUUCCAGUGUUACACGUGCAGUGACGUCACCUGCACGACACAAUCGCUGACGUCAUGCAGUACUGACCAGCAGCAGUGCUUAACCACCGUCGAACAGAAGGCAGAUGGGUCCAAGAUCUUCACAAAAGGGUGCGCGCCGAAGGCGACGUGCGAGGACUUAUGGUGGACGAAGACGGCCGGACGGUCAGAGUGUCUCGCCAACAUGGAUGACUCCCCUUCCGGCGCUCCCAACAUGGCAAUGACGUGUAGUUUCUGUUGCACGGAGGCCGGAUGUAACGAGCACGUGAAACCGGACAACCCCGCCGCCUACUAUAUCGGCAAAAGUCUACCGGCCAUGCCGGGGAGAUAA